AUGGAGCAGGGAAGACAAGCUGUGACGCUGAAUUGGAUGAGCCAACAAGUCAGCAACGAGGUAAAGACUGAGCCGGGCGUCAGCUUCGUUGGCUUUGGGAACUAUUUCAUUGAGUUCCCGGCGACCUACCAGGCCGUCUAUUUCAUUCAGGACGGUCGAGGUGUGAAUCCGGUUCCCGUUCCUGACUUGUUCACCCCUGUGGUGAAGGGCCCCAUUCGGGCACGAUCUGCUGAUGGCUUGGAGAUGCUGAUUUCCAUCUCAUUUCAGUGGAGAUUAAAGCCAGAAGCAUUGAAGGGGCUUUUUACCAUCCUUGGUGACAACCUCUACAAGGAUGAAUUUGUCCGGUUUGCUCGAGCAGCUGUGGUCGAAGCCUGCUCCUUCUACACCGCAGAGCAAUACUUUACGCAACGUGCAGUCAUCACCGCAAAGAUGCUGGAGGUGAUGCAGGCGAACUUCAAUAAACCCCAGGAUGACUUGAUGCUGGAGAUCACAGGGCUCCAACUGCGGGAGGUUGAUCUACCUGAUGACUUCGAUGAUGAAAUUGCGAAUACACAAGAGCAGAUGCAGGAGGUGGAAGUUGGCAAGGCAGAACGGCAGGAGCAAAUCAUUAUCAAAGAGGCCGCGAUAGAAGUAGCCAUGCAAAAGGUGGAAGAGAUCAUUAAAGGAGCCAAAGGGCAAGCCGCUCGAGUGCAAAUCCAGAACGAGGCAACGAUUAAGCAGCUCAUGCUAGUUCAACAGAGGCAAGCCGAGGCAAAUGCUGCCAUUUUGCAGCAAUUUGCCAACGAUACGUUGCCUUUCGACAGGCGAAAUGCCCAUCUGUUCAUGCGUGUUGGAUCAUCCAUGCGUAUCGUUGGGAUGGAUGAUGGAUGCAAAAAAAAUCUAAAAGCUAUGCAUUAUGUAUCAUUAUGUCAUUGUUGCUUGUGA